GUCCCACACCAAUUGUACAUGAGUCUUAAAUUUCUUGUUUCAUUGAAUCAUACAGUCGGCUAAGCCAGUUUCUCAUUCGUUCCCAUGAUGCCAGCUCUCGAUUCCUGAAAAUCAUUUCGGACUUGUGUCUUAAGCAUGGACUUCAAUUACUUCAUCAUAUUUUAUAACUAGUGUAACCCGGCCAGGAUUUCACUGCCGCAGUUAAAAAGGAAUAAUCUAAACAGUAAGUGUAACGACUAUCGACAGUGCUGCACAUCUAUUUCUAUUAAAGAUGAAGAUCUUGAUCUUGGUUCUGUUCGUGUUCGGUGGUACUCUAGCGGAACGGUAUUGCUUUCCUGCAACUGAUACUACGUUUUUACAGGAAUCAUUUCAGUACCAUUUUACGAAGGAUGCUAGCAGCUUGUAUGAUAUUAUGAAGGAAGUGGCUGCUCUUCCGGAUAGCUCAGUUAUGACGGAUGACUCAUCUGCAGCUUUCGGCAACAAAUUCCAAAUCGCAUAUGACUUGUCUGUUGCGGCGCUGACACUCAAGAUUGGAGAAGGACGUAAGACGGGCAAGACUAGCCACGAAGUAUCCACUUUUAGUACUGAUAAUGGAUAUGAUGUUAAAACUGUACGCAUGGUAGCUAUGUUCACGGAUUCGCAUGAGUAUCAGAUGAACAUAAUCUUUUUUGAUCCGGAAAUCCUGGCGGAAGACACCACCACGAUGUCUUAUACGUAUCCAGUAGACGGAGACAACGCUAAGGGCACGAUGAACGAUUGGUACGUGACGUAUGCCUUCGACGAGGACGGUCAGUUGGAAGUUUAUCUGAGCGACAGGAAAGAUGGUCUCCUGGCAGAAGAUAGCAAACUAAAGACGACUGACAAAUUUCCCAGUCACGUAUGGACGUUCUUGAAGACGCAAUCAGAGGAUAUAUAUGCUGAUGGAUUGUUCCUGGAGUUGUCUAUGGGCCCGGAUCAUCCAGAUGGUGUAAUCACAUUUCAAUACCCCAUCCCCGGAGACUCUAUUGCAGACAGUGACAUCGAAAUUGUCGCGAUGGGAGCAGCUGGAUUCGGUUAUAUCCUGCAACGGGCAAGCUACCCCGGUAGCGCUGCGGAGCUGAUAAAUGGGUUUUCAUUCCCGGAAUGCGUAAACACAGACAACUACAAGUAUACGGAUCUCGUGCAGAGUGAAAAUCCCUCCUGUCCUCAACCCAACACCGUCAGAGAGGUUAAAAGUAAAAUGCCUUACGGUAAAUAUCAUACUAAAGAGACGUGUCAAAGCGAUGGAUAUAGCUGUUGGGAUGAUACUCAUAGAACCUGUAAUGCAAAACAAAAUUUAGUUUGUAGUGUGUCGGAAGCUGAUGCGAAUGUAAUGACUACCGAUGAGCACAUAGAUGUGCACGUGAACAACGUUGGACCGUUUGUCGGAAUGGAACUGUCGGAGGGGGAUCGUGACAAAGUUAUCUUCUUGGGGGAAAGACUUGACUUUAUCUGUAAAGACAAAAAUGAUGGAGCCGAGUAUGUGUUCGAGUACGACCCGGAAAACUUCAAUGAUGAGUCUCAGUUUGGAUACGACACCAUCAGUUUCAGCUGCGUCAACGAUUACGCUAAAUUAUACACCGACUUCAAGGCUAUCUUUGAUGCCUUGAAAUGUGUCCCUAAGCCACAAGAUGAACCACAAGAUGAGCCACAAGAUGAGCCACAAGACGAUGGUAAUGAUGGUCACGAUGACGACUGCGCAAAAACAUUCAGUUGUGAAUAUUCGCAAGCUGCUAUCCUUACUAGCAGCUCAGCCAUCAUAAUUGUUCUCCUGGUAGUAGCAUUCUUUUAGAAUUUUCUAUCAAGUGAUCUUUUUGAUGAUCGCAGAUUGAAUAGAUAUUACAAAAGGAAACGAACCUGACUGAAUUAGAUUUAGAGCAUAUAAACUGUAUUAUACACUUUUCAAAGAAAAAGGGGAACUCAAACAAUAAAUGUAUUGCUUCGGCAUUCAGACAUUAAUAAAUUUGCAUGAUAUUAGUAUAGUUUAGAGCAAUAUUUUAAAUAUUUGGCCACAUGGCUAAAAGUAAACUUGGGUUUUUGUUUUUGAGCUCUUGUAUUUUUUUAUCAAUAAAAUUUCAAAUUGUUACACAGAUACAUCAUUUUAUUUCAAAGAAAAUAUCGCCGAAUGACCUUACAUGCCUUGACAAGUGACCGAGUGUAAACAAAAUUAGGGACACCGAAACACCAGUUGACCAGUAAACUGGUCAUAGCAAUUACAUCGGGCCUUAUAUGCACCUAUAAGUGAAGCGAUGCUGCAACCAAGGCAUGCUAGGUUUAUUCCAUUGAACUAAAAAGGUUACAGCCUAAAAUAUAGAUAUGAUAAAUAACAAUGUACCAUAAAUCAUAAUUAUAAACAUACUUUAUUGUACAUAUUUUAUUAAUCAUACUUUUUAUCAAUUUAUAUUUAGAUAAUAUAGUUACAUGAAAGAUAACGAAAACUUUCAAUUAUCAAAAUAUAUAAUAUCGUGAUCUAUAACAAGAGAUUAUAAUUACUGAUUAAGGAUUUGCAGCAUUUGUACGGGGUUGUAAUUAAGUACAAAAAAUAUAAUUCGUGAGAUUAAUGCCAGGAAUGCGCACAGAUCUUUAAUCAGUAAAAUGACAGUGAAAUUGUACUGAGGUGUUUAGUAUUGUAAAACUGCUCGAGGUUAUUCAUAAUUCGUCUUGAUAGUAAAGUAUUGUUUCGUUAUUGUUAUCAAAGUUUGUGUGUCUGAUCAUCGUGAAAGUUUA